ACUUGUCAAUGCCUAGGUCUUAUUACAAAAUAAUUGUUUGUGCUUAUUAUGUUAAUUGAUAAGCAGAAAAUGGUUAAUAAGUAUCCAAAAUGUUUUGUAACAGUAGGUACCACACGUUUUGAUUUACUAACUGAAUACAUAACAUCAACAUCUGUACUUCGUGCUCUAAAACAAAUUGGGUGCGUAGAAAUAACGUUUCAAAUAGGAAACAGCGCUGUUAAUCCAGAAGAAUACGAGAAAGAAGGUAUCAAACUAAGUUUAUACAGGUUUAAAGAUUCUAUACAAGAAGAUAUUCGUAACGCUGACUUAGUAAUAAGUCAUGCGGGUGCUGGAAGUUGUUUGGAAGUAUUAGAAGCUCAUAAACCUCUACUAGUGGUGAUAAAUGAAGAAUUGAUGGAUAACCAUCAGUUAGAAUUGGCUGAACAGUUGCAAGUGGAUGGACAUUUGUAUUAUUGUACUUGUGAUACAUUAGAAAACACUUUAAGCACAGUUGACUUCAAUUUACUAACUCCAUUACCCAAACCAAACUGCUCAUUAUUUGUUAAAUAUUUAGAUGAUGUUUUUAAAGUUAAAACUUUUUAGUGAUAAUAAUUCUAAAUGUUUUACACCAGUGACAUAAGAUAAA